GGUCAAAGGUCACGGCCGCGGUCAGCCAAUGAAAGACCUGAGGCUCCUCACAGGACAAAGAGUGUGUGAGAGACUGUGUGUGUAUGACAGUCUUGCUUUCCCAGCAGGCUUUGCAUUGGAGAGGAGUGUCCACACACACACACACACACACACACCUCCUGCAGCUGUGGACGUCUCCCUCAUGCGCUUCUCCUGCUCCUCAUGGCUCUCUCUGCUCCUCCUGCGCUCCUGCCUCGGUUCUGCCGCUCCGGACCACCCCGGCGUCUGCCCGAAUCACGUGAGCCUGAACCUGUGGGUGGACGCGCAGAGCACCUGCGAGAGGCAGUGCCGGACCGACCAGGAUUGCGCGGGCUUUGAGAAGUGCUGCACUGGCCUGUUGAGCUGCGUGGCGUCCCGCUACUCUGACGGAGAAGAGGGCCAGUCGGGGGCGGGGCUUCCGGCAGGGGGCGUGGCCAGCUGCGACGGGUUCGAGUGCAGCCAGCAGGGGGCGGUGUGUGCCAUGUGGGAGGGCCAGCCGGUGUGCAAGUGCCAAGACCGCUGCGAGAGCGAACCCGCCUUCACCUGCGCCUCCGACGGCCUCACGUACUUCAACCGCUGCUACAUGGACGCGGAGGCCUGCGCUCAGGGCGUCGCUCUCGCCGAGGUCACCUGCCGCUUCCACCUGAACGUUCACCCUCUCAGCACGGCUCAACCCACGUCCACCGCCCCCGACGCCGAGCCGCUCCCGCCCGCGCUCUACUCCAGCCCGCAGCAGCAGGUCGUCUACCAGGGCGGCACGGCUAGCUUCCACUGCGACGUGAUCGGCCACCCGAGGCCGCGCGUCACCUGGGAGAAGCAGACCGAAGCGCACGAGCGGAUCGUCAUGCAUCCGGACCAGAUGUACGGGAACGUCGUCAUAACCAACAUCGCUCAGCUGGUGGUGUACAACGCACAGAUGUGGGACACGGGGAUCUACACCUGUAUCGCGCGGAGCUCCUCAGGAGCGCUACGAGCCGAUUACCCACUCUCCGUCAUUAGGCGUGACACUCAGGAGUUCUUCGACGAUGCUGAGGCGGGUUUGCCGUUGGGACGCCCGUUCUCGCCGGCCGACUGCCUGGCGGAUGUGGAGCGCGGCGAGUGCGGAGAGAAGCGCGUCGACUGGUUCUACGACGUGGGCCGUGGGGAGUGUCACGCGUUCGCACACGGAGGCUGCGAGGGCGGCCGGAACCGCUUCGAGACGUUCGAGGAGUGCCGCGCGUCGUGCCAGCGCUCAGAGCUAGCCGUGUGCUCGCUGCCCGCCGUCCAGGGCCCCUGUAAGCACUGGGAGGCUCGCUGGGCCUACAACCGCCUCGUCAAGCAGUGCACGCCGUUCGUCUACGGCGGCUGCCGCGGGAACAAGAACAACUUCCGCACGCGUGGUGAAUGCGACGCCGAGUGUCCGCAGCCUAAGCGACGUCAGUGUAAAACCUGCCGGCCGAGAGGAAAGAUAUUUGCGAGUCUUUGCCGCAGUGACUUCGCCAUCGUGGGGCAGCUCACCGAGCUAAUCGAGGAGCUGGACUCGGGCAUCGCGCGCUUCCAUCUGCAGCAGGUCCUGCGCGACGAGAAGAUGGGCCUGGAGAUCUUCCGAGCGCAACACCUGGAGGUGCUGCUGCCCCGCAUGGACUGGAGCUGCCCCUGCCCCAACAUCACACAGCACCAGCAGCGCCCCCUGCUGGUCAUGGGCGAGGUGCGGGACGGCACGGCACUGGUUCUGCCGCACAGCUACGUCAGACCCGUGUCCCAGCGGCGCCUGGAGAAGAUCCGCCAGCUCCUGGCCAGGAAGACUUGUGAGAUGCUCCUGAGAUCCCAGGACUGAUUUUGCACGGAUUUAGUCUUACCAGUUAGCCAUCAAUACUGUUCAUGUCUUUUUCAAGUCAGAUACAUAAAAACGUAGAUUGCUUUAAUUAGAUUUCCGAAAAGUCAAGUCAA